AUGAUUCACGGCCCUUGCGGAUACGCAAACACUUCAUCGCCGUGUAUGAAAAGCAAUCAAUGCUCAAAAUUCUUCCCAAAGAAAUUUCAGGCUCGCACUGUUGUUGACCACGAAGGAUAUCCUUUGUACAUGAGAAGAGAUACUGGAAUUACAGUUACGAAAAAGGACGUUGAUCUUGAUAACAGAUUUGUAGUUCCUUAUAAUCCAUAUUUGUUGAAGAAAUUCCAGGCUCGCAUCAACAUUGAGUGGUGUAAUCAGGGAACAUCCGUUAAGUAUUUAUUCAAAUAUAUUAACAAAGGAUAUGACCGAAUUACCGCAACUGUAGUUGAUACUACCAAUGAUGGAUCAUCUUUAAAUGGAAAUCUUGAUGAAAUAAAACAAUAUCUUGACUGUAGAUAUGUCUCUCCAAGUAAAGCAUGUUGGAGGAUAUUCUCAUUUCCCAUUCAUGGAAGGUCGCCCGCGGUUGAGAGUGUGAAAGAGUCUAUGUUUACCGCUUGGAUGGAAGCCAACAAGACAUAUCCAGAGGCAAAAUAUUUGACUUACUCCAAGUUUCUCACAAGAUUUGUGUACGACAAAAGAUACAGAUGGUGGAGACCAUGCAAAAGAGGUAAUACAAUUGGAAGACUUAUAUGGGUUCCGCCAAGUACAGGUGAGCUUUUUUAUCUUAGAAUGAUGUUAACUAUAGCAAAGGGACCGACUUGCUACGAGGACAUAAAAAAGGUGGGAGGAAUUGUUCGGCACAGUUUUAGGGAUGCAUGUUUCGAAAUGGGAUUUCUUAAUGAUGAUAAGGAAUAUGUUCCGGCAAUAUACGAGGCCAAAGAUUGGGGUUCAGGUUAUUUUUUGCGACAAUUGUUUGUCACCAUGCUACUCUCCGGUACAAUGAAUAGACCUAACCAUGUUUGGGUUAAAACUUGGAAAGUAUUGGCAGACGGCAUUCUUUACCAGCAGAGGCAAGCAACCAAUAAAUUAGACCUGCAUUUAACAGACAAUGAAUUGAAAAACUUGACGCUCAUUGCCAUUGAGGAAAUGUUGCAGUCCAAUCGAAGAAGCUUGCAUGAGUUUAAAGAUAUGCCAUAUCCCGACUCAUAUGUCACAAGAGACAUUGGCAACCGUCUGAUUUAUGACGAACGUGAUUACAACGUUAAUGACGAAAGAAAAAAUUUCACUGCUCUAUUCAAAGCACUCACAGGCGGAAGAACUGCCCAUUCAAAAUUCAAAAUUUCAGUGCCGACCCUUGACAACUCUACGUGCAAUAUCGACAAGAAUACUGAGCAUGCACAGUUACUUCAAGCAACUGAUGUGAUCAUAUGGGAUGAAGCACCCAUGGCACAUAAAAAUUGCUUUGAAGCAUUAGACAAAACCCUUAAAGACCUCAUGAAUCAGAAUGGGCUAUCGGGUAGAAUAUUUGGAGGGAAAGUUGUUGUAUUCGGCGGAGAUUUCCGGCAGAUUCUUCCCGUUGUUCCAAGAGCUUCUCGUUCCGAUAUUGUGCAUGCAUCAAUAUUCUCAUCUUAUGUGUGGGAUCACUGCAAGGUCCUCACUCUAACAAGAAAUAUGAGGCUUAAGAAUGAUAAAGGCAAUAAGAACAGUAAUGAUAUAGCAGAGUUCUCGAAAUGGAUACUGGAUGUCGGCGAUGGUAGGCUAUCCGAACCAAAUGAUGGAUUGGCCGAUAUAGAGAUCCCUCGGGAAUUAUUAAUUACAGAUUUUGAAGAUCCCAUACAAGCCAUCGUUGAAAGCACGUACCCGGAUUUGUUGCAAAAUUAUACCCGGGAAGAAAAGGAAUAUCUCAGUUUUGACGAGAUAGAUAAGACCGAUGCGACAUACACUGAAGUUUACGAAGUUCUAACACCUGAAUUCUUGAGUAAUCUAAGAACAUCUGGUCUACCGAAUUACAUUCUCAAAUUGAAGGUUGGUACACCAAUUAUGUUGAUGAGAAAUUUAGACCAAUCUCAAGGAUUAUGCAAUGGCACAAGACUUAUUAUUACAAGAUUGGCCAAUCACGUUGAGGCAAGAAUUAUUUCUGGCAAAAAUAUAGGUAACCUCUUUUACAUUCCUCGAAUGUCUAUGUCGCCUUCAGAGUCUCCUUGGCCAUUUAAGUUGAUUAGGCGACAAUUUCCAAUAAUUGUCUCUUAUGCUAUGACAAUUAAUAAAUCCCAAGGUCAAUCUCUUGAUAUCGUCGGACUGUAUUUGCCUACUCACGUCUUUAGUCAUGGCCAAUUAUAUGUUGCCAUAUCUAGAGUUACCAACAAAAACGAUUUAAAGAUACUGAUUCAUGACAACGACAAUGUUCCGCUGUCAACAACUACAAAUGUUGUGUACAAGGAAGUUUUUCAAUCACUUUGUUAA